AGUCAGAACGCGAUCAGUGUCAGACCGGCGGUCAGCGCGUUCGGUUAUCCUAGUUAAGAGUGUGUGUUUUCUAAUCGAUUCUUUAUUAUCCGAUUGACGAUUUGUAUAUAACGAAAAAAAAAAAAAAAAAAAAAAAAAAAAGGAGGGAAAAAAAUUUUGUGCUUAAAAAUUUCACUGUGAAAUUUGAUACCAGUGACUUUCUUUCUCCCUUUCUCUUUUUCUUUUUCGUACGCCUUUUUUAAAAGGGGACGGAACUAAGGCCCUAUAAGAGAUUUUCCAAGUGUUAAUAGCGGAUAAACGUUCGAAUUUUUCCCGGACAUUAAGAAAUAAUGAUACGAGGGCAAGAAAGUCAAGGAAUGAACGAGGAGAAGGUGGUGACAGGAAAGUGGAAAACGUAGAAAAUUGAAGAAGGAGGAAGGAGGACGUGGAAAGGGAAGAAGAAGAAAAAGAUUGGAUUCUUGAAUGGGACACGGAGGCCAUUAACGACAAAAAAAAAAGAAAGGAAAAGAGAAGAAAAGUAAAAAGAAAAGUAAAAAGAAAAAAAAAGAAUUGUCGAUGAAGAUCGAUGUACAAGUCGAUCGAUAAUAAAGUUCACUUAAAGAAUAAACAGAAAUAAAGAAAAAAGAGAAAAGAGAACACGUGAAGAUAGAAAAAAAAAAAUAGAGAGAACGAGAGAGAGACAGAGAGAGAGAGAGAGAGAGAGAGUGAGUGAGAGGGGGGAGGAGGAGUGUAGUGAAGAAGACAUAUAUCAGAAAAAAAAGAAAAAAAGAAAAAGAAAAGAAGAACGAGAAAAAUGAUAUUUCUAAUGUUUCCCAACAAUACGAAUAGAUUUUUAUUGAUUCGCUAGUGUCAGAGACAAUGAUGAAUAUUUUUCGAGAGAGGAAUUAACGAAAGUCUCGUUUAUUCAAAAAAAAAAAAAAAAAAAGAAAAAAAGAAAAAACAGAAAAAAUAAUCAAACGAAAUCUUUUUGAAAAUUUAAAACGAUAAACCAGCCGUGAAUGGAUUGUUCAAUUCGUCGUCAUCGUUGUCCUCGUAGUCUGUCAUUUUAUUGACAGAUUUGAAGGAACAAAAAAAAAGGGGAAAGUGAAAAAGUCUUCUUAAAACUUUUGGAAUAGAGUUUAAGCUUCUAAAUUGAUCGAUAAGAGUAUAAAAAAGAAAUCGAUAAGGGAAGCGCGCUCGCUCACUCGCUCGCACGCGCGCCCCCGCGCUCUCUCUCUCUCUCUCUCUCUGCCUCUCUCUCCCCCUCUCUCUCUCUCACUUUUCAGAGAUUGGAGAGACAGAGAGAAAGAAAGAAAGAAAGAAGGAGAGAGAGAGGAAAAAAAUAAAAUAAGAAAGAAAGAAAGAAACAGAAAGAAAGAGAAAGAAAGAAAGAAAGAAAGAAAGAAAGAAAGAAAGAAAGAAAGAAUAUAGAGUGUAAAAAAGAGAGAUGGCGAAUCGAAUGAAGGCUCUGUAUAACCAGGUAAUAUUCGAAAGGCGAAUUCUGCUUGGUUGUACAACCCUCGUGGGACUCUCAGCAUGCAUAUGGGCUGUGGCAAUAGGAACCGAUCAUUGGUUCACCGUCGAAGCACCAAAUGACGAAGGACUGCCCUUGGGAGAUUCUGGAGCGAGCGGUAGAAGACUGAUUUACAAGCAUAUGGGUCUUUGGAGAGGUUGCGUCAGCGGUUUGAUACCAAAAAUGAAGAAUUCGAGCGAAUUGGUGCCUUAUAGUGAAUGCAAGUACCAAGAGAUGUUCCCGCCUGAAUCAAAAUUCGAUAUAGAUCCGGGAUUAGACAGGACGGUGAUCACUGCUUGCAACAUGGUGGUAAUACAAGUACUCCUUUCUUCGGUCGAUUACGAAAGCACAAACGUUUACGAAACGUUCCCUAAGGGUGCGAUCAUGAGAUACGAUUUUUCUCUUAUCCUGGCAUGGAUCGUCUUCCUUUGCAACCUAAUCGCGGGAUGUGCCUUUAUGCUUUUCUCAAGGAAAAGGAAGAGGGACAAGGCGCCAACCGAGGAGAUCGCUAUGGCCGAUGAACCAACGAUAAUCGGUCGUUAGUCCCCUUCAUCCUCAUAC